AUCUGAUACAACUUGUGCAUCAUCAUGCCACCAAAAGCAUCAGGCAAAGCUGUCAAGAAGGCUGGCAAAGCAGUGAAGAACAUUACUAAGGGUGACAAGAAGAAGAAGCACAAGAAAAGGAAGGAAAGCUACGCCAUUUACAUCUACAAGGUUCUGAAGCAAGUCCAUCCCGACACUGGCGUCUCUUCCAAGGCGAUGAGCAUCAUGAACAGCUUCGUCAACGACAUCUUCGAACGCAUUGCCUCCGAAGCUUCCCGUUUGGCUCAUUACAACAAGCGAUCUACAAUCACAUCUCGGGAAAUUCAAACUGCAGUCAGGCUAUUACUCCCUGGUGAGCUGGCCAAACACGCCGUCUCUGAGGGAACCAAGGCUGUUACCAAAUACACAAGCUCCAAGUAA